AUGGAUCCCUGCUGUCAUAGAUGUGGCGAGCCUUUGGAAUCUAUUGAGCAUACCCUCAGGGAUUGUCUCUGGGCAACGUUUCUUUGGGAGUCUUCACCUCUUCGACUACAGUCAACAAGUCCGAAUGCUCCGUGGAGUCUUGUUGAGUGGAUUGGAAAAAUCAGAGAGGUUCCGGAAAAAGAGGUUCAUAAUCUUUUUGCCUCUGUUUUAUGGGCUUGUUGGUAUGCUCGUAAUCUUCUCGUGUUUCAGAAUAAAUCCUUGUCUCACUCUGAAUGUUUGGCGGUUGCCGAAAGAGCUAUUUGGACCAAGCCCCUUAGCUCAAGUGCGGUGAGCUCAAAACCAACCCAAGUUGGCUGCUCUAGAGAGGCACAAGUGAAGAUUAAUUGUGAUGCGGCGGUGGAAAGAGGAGUUGAGUCUGGCCUGGGAAUAGUUCUGUGCGAUGCGGAGAAUAAUCAGUUUGGCUAUAGGUUGGGGUUCCUUAAAGGAGUCUUCAUGGUUGAGGAAGGGGAGGCUCAUGCUAUUCUUGAAGGCCUUCGUUUCAGUGUUGAGAAAGGUUUAACGGAUGUCGUUGUGGAGAUGGAUUGCCGGCGAAUUUUUUGGAGACUCCAUAAUCGUGAGGAUGAUAUUUCCCUCUUAGGAGAUAUCCUUAAGGAGAUUUACAGCAUUGUGGAUUCUUUGAACCAGGUGGAGUUUAGCUGGUGCCCGAGGGUGGAUAAUUCUGUUGCUGAUAGUUUAGCAAAUUAUGCUUUUGUUUCUCGUUCUGUUUUUUUUUCUUCAAAUGUGUGGCCUUUACCUGUAAACUCUUCUUUGGUGGUUUAA